CGGCAGCGCAGCUCCUUCAGCACCGCGGAGAGCGUUUCCGCGGUUUCGAGCGGCCGUCCGGGAUGCGGGCCGCCGGCGGCUCCUUCCCCGCGCCCACCUCCACCGGCUCAUCGGUCCGCCUGCACUCCGCGCUCCGGGAACUCUGAUGGGCGUGUGUGCGCGCGGCGCUGUCCUCCGUGGGAUCCUCGCCGGGAUACCGUCCGCAGCCCUCGGAUGAAGAAGAUCAAUCUGCGCUGGAAACCCGCGCCCAUGUGGCCCUCGGGAGCGGGCAGCCGGCUGCCGUGUCCUCGCGAGUCGGCGCUCCGCAGGGCGGUCCUGAGCGGCGACGUCCUCGCGCUGCCGCCGCACCACGUGCCCGCGGGACGAAGUGUCCGCGUGUUCAUCAGCGCCAACCCCGACGACACGGAAGCUGAGAGGAAUGCCCUGAAGGAGCACGUGUAUCCAAAGCUGCGGGACUUCUGCAGAGAAAAUUAUGGUAUCGAAUUCCAGGUGGUGGACCUGUACUGGGGCAUCGACCCGGAGGAGUGGGACAGCCCGGAGCUCCAGCGGUUGCGGAUGAAGAUGCUGGAGGAAUGCCUUAAGACCUCCGCAGGUCCAUGUUUUGUUGGGCUAGUGGGGGAAAAGUAUGGGAGUGUUCGUGUCCCAGGCGAGGUGGAGUCGGCAGAGUUUGAGAUGAUCCUGGAUGCAGCGGUGGAAGCCGGCCUGGACACUCGAAUUUUGGAGGAGUGGUACUGCCGGGACGAGAACGCUGUGCCCCCUGCCUACUACCUCAAGCCGAAAUCUCAGAUGCUGAUGAACUACCACAACUCGGUGGAGUCCGGAAACACCAAGGCCAAGACGGACAAGGCGUGGCGGACUGUGUCGGAGGAGAUAAAGAAGAUCUUCCGCACGUCCGUCCUGCAGCUCCAGGAGAAAGGCAUGAUGAAAAGCAACCAGGCCCGGAAGUUCCUCUGUUCCGCUCUUGAAGAUGAGCUAGAUUUUGCCCUGGGCAAGCAGACACCUGCUUUUCUGAAGAAAUGUGUCUGUUACAUCCGGAAAAUUGCCAAUUUUGACCGGCACGCCCGGCUGCCAGAGAUGGCCCGCUACAUGGACAUCGUGGAGAACGGGGACCGCAUCAUGCGCAACCAGGAGGCCUACGAGCGACUGCUGAAAGUGCGCGAUGAGUUCAUCCCCACCUUGGUGGCAGCCUCCAACCUGCGUGUUUACUCCUCUGUCACACACUGCGACAUGAAACUGGGUUACUCCCAGGAGGUGGAGAGCCACUACGUGGAGGGCCUCUGCAAGCAGCUCUAUGAGGACAUGGUAGAUAUCAUCCAGGCCACUGUGCAACAGAACUUUGACGCCGAGACAGACCCUCUCUACGACGAGAUCCUGCAGCACUUAUCGCUGUGCAAGACCUCUGCCUCGUACUACAAGCACAAGUGCGAAGGACUGAGUCUAGUUCAUAGGUAUCUUCUGCCAACCAAGUCCGGACGAGUGAGCCCACUGGUGGUGUACGGGGGACCUUGUACAGGGAAAACGCUGCUCAUAGCAGAAGCGGCCAAGCAGGCUUAUUCCUGGCUCCAGAAUGAAAUGGGCCCAGAGACUGACCCUGUGGUGAUCGUCCGUUUCAUUGGCUCCACGGAGUUUUCCACUGACCUGCGAACGCUGCUUCAGAGCAUCUGCGAGCAGAUUGCCAUCAACUACUGCUGCCUGAUCCGCUUUCUACCCAACAAGAUCCGCGAGAUGCGGGAGCUGCUGGUGAGCCUGAUGAGCGAGUCCUCCUUUCAGCGGCCACUGGUCAUCCUGCUGGAUGCCUUGGAGCAGCUGUCGGAUGCAGAUGAGGCACGCAAGCUAUGGUGGCUGCCCGUGCAUUUGCCACGAACCGUACGUGUGGUGGUUUCCACACUGCCCAACAAGCAUGGCAUCCUGCAACGAUUGCGCUGCCUUAUUCAGGAUGAGAGCCGCUACGUGGAGCUAACGCAAAGAGAUCGGAAGAUGUGCAGCCAGACCCUCAAGCAGCAGCUGCUUGCCAUCAAACGCAAGGUCACCUCGGGCCAGCAGAUCUAUGUCAACGAGGCACUGGCCAAGUGCACACUGCCCAUGUUUGUCAAUCUCAUCUUCCGAGAGGUGCAACACUGGAGGUCGCAUAAGGACGUGGAUGCCACGUCCCUAUGUUCAACCGUGCACGAGAGCAUUGAGCAAAUGUUCUUCUCUAUCGAGAACAAGCUGGGGUCCCGGUUUGUGAUCAGAGCCCUGGGCUAUAUAACCAUGUCCCGUUCUGGACUAACAGAAAUGGAGCUGGAGGACAUACUCUCUCUGGACAACAGUGUUCUGAGUGACAUCAUGAUGAGUUCCAACCUGAAGAACCCACUGAGGAUCUCAUACGACUUUAUUGCCAAGCUCAAGGAGGAGCUGGAGGGCUACCUCAUAGAGAGGCAGGUUCGGAAUGUUACGCUGUUGGUGUGGGCCAACAGGCAUCUACACCUCAUUGCCCAGAAGCUGUACCUCGGCAAUGAGGAGGAUGUUCACCAGAUGCAUAGCCUUCUGGCAGAAUAUUUCCUUGGGGCUUGGUCUGGAGGGAGGAAGAAAAUUUUCCAUUGUGACAACAAUCACUUUGCCUCUCUGAACAUCUCCCAUAAUCGGAAUCCUCAUCACCACAGCGACAAGGCCAGCACCGACAAACAUUCUUAUGACAGGCAGACCCCGGAGCAACCCUGGGUGUUCCAGUGUAACCUCCUGGAACCAGACAUCUUCUUUGUCAACCACCGAAAGAUGACGGAGCUGCUUUACCACUUGACCCGGAGUGGGCGGACAGAUGACCUCAUGUACGGGGUCAUCAUGAACUUCAGCUGGCUCUAUACCAUGAUUAAGAUAGGGCAGUUUGACAAGGCACUGGCAGACAUUGACCUGGCUUACAGUUACUCACAGGAGAAGGAGCUCAAGUUCUUGGCCACAACUCUUCGAAGCAUCAAAGUGAAGGUAACUCGCAAUCCUGCCUCUCUGUCUGCCGAGCUGCAACAGAGGCUUCUGCCUGUGGUGACCUCCUUACCAAAACUCCGGCAUCUCUUGCUGGAAUGUGACAAAGAUGGUCCUAAGUACUGCUCCAUUGUGCCUCUCCACUCCUCAAUGGAUGUCACUUACACCCCGGAAAGAUUGCCCCUGUGUUCUAGUUACAUGCAGAUUGUGGAAAUCCUACCAACAUUUGCCCCUAACAUUAUCAUUGUGGCCCUGGAAGAUGGUUCCGUGAGCACGUGGGAUGUGGAGAGCCGACAGCUCUUGAGGCAGAUUGACACAGCACGCUCUGUCGUCCUGGGAAUCAAGCUCACCAGCGAUGAGAAGUACCUGGUAGUGGCCACCACAAAGAACACACUGCUCAUAUAUGAUAACCACAAAUCCUGCCUUCUUUUCGAGGUGGAAAUCAAGGGGUCUAAACACUGCGGCGUCACUGGGGGAGUCGCCUUCAUCAAUGGGUUCACCUUAUCUAGCCACCAUGCAUUAGCUUGGCUGGAGGCCAGCAAAGAUGUCAGUGUCAUAGACUUAGUCUAUGGUUGGCCUCUGUACCAGUUUCACUGCUGGUAUGAAGUCACCUGUGUUGAGUGCUCUCCGGACGGACUGUACGCAUUUUGUGGCCAGUACCUUAAUACUACAUCUAUCUUCCACCUUGGCAGCGGUGACAAAUUAGCUACUGUGACAUCUGAGUUCUCUGGGGGAUUCAUCAAGUCUCUCCUCAUCUUGGACACUAUUUAUCAGAUGGUCAUGAUUGAUAAUGAGGGCAGCCUUUCGGUCUGGAACACAAAAGAAAUCACAAACCCGCGCAUCAUCGAAGACUACGACUGUCGGGGUGAUGACAGCGAGGUGAUUGGCAUCGAACUCUCAGAGGAUCAGCGUUCCAUCCUUAUCUGUAAGGCUGGUAGCAUUGAGGUCCUGGACACACGACUGUGGAAGAUGGCUGAAAAGUUCAAAGCCAAACGCAGUGAACGUUUUGUGGCAGCUGUCCUCUCCAAGAAUGGCCAGAGCAUAGUCGCAUCUAUGGAGAACACUUCAUCAAUAUUUGUGUGGCGGAGGGACAGUGGACAGUGCAUGGCCAGCCUGGUGGAGGUGUCAGGGGCCAUUGUGAAGCUCAUAAAGUCUACACAUCAUAAUUUACUCUUGUCGGUAGCAAGCAGUGGGGUGCUCUCGAUCUGGGACAUUGACAUCAUCACGGCUAUGUCAAACAUUGACAAAACCGGGAAACGUAUUCAAAGCUUGCAGCUUUCUGGUCGAGAGGAUUUUGUUUUCACAAUGGAUGGAUCUGAAUCUAUCCACAAGUGGAACUUCAGCACUGGCUUUAUUGAGACUGUGUUUAAGCACGAGGGCACUGUGGAGAACUGUGUACUGACAACAUCUGGGGAUCUCAUGGUCACGUCGGAUGACAAAUGCAAUCAAUACAUCUGGCAAACAAGCACAGGAGAGAAUAUCUUUCGCAUCAAUGGGCAAAAGAUCUCCCAACUCCUGAUCACCCAUAAUGACCAGUUUGUGGUCUCUCUCUGUGAGCAGAAUGCAUCCAGGGUAUGGCGGCUGGCCACAGGCCACAAAGUGUGCAAUAUCCUUGUGAGCCUACAGAAUGCCCUGAUAACCACAGCUAACACCUUCGUAGUGGGAACUACGAAAAAUAAGUUGCUUGCUGUGAGUCUGUGGUCAGGUAGUGUAUCCAAAAAGUUCAUCUGUGAUGAUGGCAUCACUGUUGUGAAUUUCAAGCUGAUUCCCGACAGCCCCGAUUUUGUGGUUUUCAUCACAUCUACUGAGACAGUGUUCAUCUGGAGCUUGGCAGAUGAGUCCAUCUGCAGACGGGUGCAGCUUCCAAGCAACUUCCUCAAAAAUCUGGAAGACUUUCAGAUUUCUCCAAAUGGAAAGCUGGGCAUCGUGUCAAAGGGAGACGAAAACAUCAACGUCCUAGAUCUGCACAGCGGCAAGCUGCGGCUUGUCCACGCUGCAGGUAUCAUCUGGAGGCAGAAGCUAUCACGGGACGGGCGCUACCUGGUCUACAUUUGUUUCCGGGACUGUGAAGAGGAUGAUGACGCUGGGGUAGUGUCCAGCCUCAUAGUCAUGAGGCUUGCUGACGGCAAGAGCAUCGGAACUUGCUCCCUCUACAAGGCUCCAACGUUCCUCUGUUUGUCUCAGAGAGCCCUCAACAUAAUUGUAGGCUUUGAGGAUGGCAGCAUUGGUACCUAUACAGUGGUGGAUCGCGUGGAUGCAGCGCUAAAGAUAAAAAUUGCCACCUCCAAUAGCCGCCAAAUUGUGAAUAACGCUUCCCAGAAGGUGAGGCCUAAGUGCAGCACGUUCACCUUCAAGACCAUCGCGGACUGUGUCUGGCGAGAGUCUACCGAGGUGUUCUCUCGGGACAGCCCUAUAAAUGUUUCUGACUCUGGCGAAGCAGACGCACCAACACCCACAAAGAAAAGCGAACUGCUGCAGUGAUAGUGCAGUUUUCCAAGUCCGUCCUUGUUUACACCCUAAUUCUGAUGCAAUUCCACACGAACAUCAGG